UCUUCCAGAGGCAGAGGAACCCAAGAUGCGCACCUAAAGGGUGCCUGGGGAGGUUUCUCUUUGCUGCACAGCUCAUAUAUCAUUAACAAUCUGAGGUUGCCUGAACGUCGCCAGAAACCAAGGCCCAAUCCCUAUGUGCCUUCCUAUCUUGGUUGUUCCUCUCUGAAGCUUCCGUAGGAGUUGCAGCAGCACAGAACGUGCUGGAAGGUGCUCAGCGCCCUGGGAGCUGUCGUCGCCCUCCUGCUCUGCGGGCAGCUUUUUGCAGCAGAAACCGGCAAUGAGGCCACAGAUGCCACAGAUGACAGCUGCCCAAAGCCCCCUGAGAUCCCAAAGGGCUACGUGGAGCACAUGGUUCGCUAUCACUGCCAAACCUACUACAAACUGCGCACGGCAGGAGAUGGAGUGUACACCUUGGACAGUAAUAAGCAGUGGACAAAUAAGGUCACUGGAGAGAAACUGCCUGAAUGUGAAGCAGUGUGCGGGAAGCCCAAGAACCCAGUGGAUCAGGUGCAGCGGAUCAUGGGUGGCUCGCUGGACGCCAAAGGCAGCUUCCCCUGGCAGGCUAAGAUGAUCUCCCACCAUAACCUCACCUCGGGGGCCACGCUCAUCAAUGAACAGUGGCUGCUGACCACGGCUAAGAAUCUCCGCUUGGGUCAUAAAAAUGAUACAAAAGCAAAAGACAUUGCUCCUACUUUAAGACUCUAUGUGGGAAAGAAACAGGAGGUGGAGAUUGAGAAGGUGAUUUUCCAUCCUGACAACUCCACGGUAGACAUCGGGCUCAUCAAACUCAAGCAGAAGGUGCCCGUUAAUGAGAGGGUGAUGCCCAUUUGCCUCCCUUCUAAAGAUUAUGUGAAUGUGGGGCUUGUGGGCUACGUGUCUGGCUGGGGGCGAAACGCCAACCUCAACUUUACGGAGCAUCUGAAGUAUGUCAUGCUGCCGGUGGCUGACCAAGAAAAAUGUGUACAGUACUACGAAGGCAGCACCGUGCCAGAGAAGAAGACACCCAAGAGCCCGGUGGGGGUGCAGCCCAUCCUGAACGAGCACACCUUCUGCGCCGGCUUGUCCAAGUACCAGGAAGACACCUGCUACGGCGACGCCGGCAGCGCCUUUGCUGUUCACGACAAGGAUGAUGACACCUGGUACGCGGCUGGGAUCCUGAGCUUCGACAAGAGCUGUCGUACGGCGGAGUACGGUGUGUAUGUAAGGGUGACCUCCAUCCUGGACUGGAUUCAGACAACCAUAGCUGACAACUGAGGCCGCCAGCCUGGGCCUGAAAGGACGAGGGAAAACUGGACGGGAGCGGAGGGGAGAAAACGUGGUGUGAAGCUGCCGGGUUCCAGCCCCACAUCGCUGAGUCAGUCAAUAAAGAGCUUCCUUUGAUUCCCUCCUG